UGAGCGAACAUGAAAAAUCGGCAACGCCGGUGAAAUAUUUGAUAAAAUGAAAUGCACCCUGAUUGCAGUUCAAAAUAUAGUUUCAAUUUUCAGUGUUCCACACAGUUUUCUGAUAUCCAACUAGUGAUGUGGCUUCUUUUCUAACCUUUGUCUUGUAGAUAUUCUUAUUGUACACUUUCUCGUACAAAGCAAAGGUUUCAUUUAUACCUGAUACAACUAAAGACAUGGCAGAAUCUCGAAAGGCUCGUACUGAUCACUUUUUUCGAUGUACACCAAAACGUGGUGAAGAACGCAAGGCUGUUGGUUUCGCAAGGUGGAAGGAGCGUCAAGAAAAGAAUUUAGCAUCUUGUUUUUCUAUGGCAAAUAAGUUCAAACUGUAUUUUCAGUCAAAAACUGUUUCACAUUCAAAGGCAACUUUAAAGGAAAUUCAGAAGCCAUGCAUCCAAAUACAAGAGUCAAAUAAUUUACCCAGGGGGUCCUUGAAGAAACCACCUUUCAUAGUUCCUGGAAGAAUUCGUCACAAUGAUAGUCAUCUCCUCCAAGCAGUUCCACAAGUAAAGAAUCCACCCAAGAAAAUCUUAUCAACAAAGCAACCUAUUAAGUCAUCAGCAACCCAAUGGGCAACAUCAACACAAGUUUCAAGCAAAAUCCAUUCAGCAGCAGCUGUGACCAAGACAUCUUCAGGAAAAGAUGCAUGCCCUCAGUGUAAAGGAUUUGUCCCUCCAGCAGGAAUAAAAAUACCUGAACAAUCCUCUGUAACAUUAGCACAGGGAACUGAUGUCCAAAAUGGAAGUUAUGCCAAACCUUUUAAACAGAAUUUCCCCUCUAUUUUCAAACCAAAUCCUUGGAUCACAGUCGAUCGAAGAACUUCUGUACAGAAGCCGUUUAACAGUUUGCUGUCGCCUCAAGAAUCGUCAGCUCCGCAAGCUGCGUUUUUCCGUGAAGACGUCACCCAUCUGGAGAGCGAAGAAGAGGAUUCCGACCCAGAAUCAAAACCAUUUGACGAUCAGAGCAUCCGUCAUAGCAAUGAAGAUCAGGCUGUAGUAAAAUGUCCCAUUGAAACAAAUGUUGUUAACUGCAGUAUCACAGUGGAAGAACAACAGGAGCAAUUCACUGUUACAGCGGUAGUUCAUGCAGUUAUGAAUGAUCACGACAGCAAGAACGAUUCGACCGACGAAAUAGGGUCUGUGACACUGCCCGAAGUCGGCGAAUCACCCGAGAAGAUAGAAAUAGCACUGCAGUUAAGAGCCCAAAUGGAUCAAAAGAAAGCUCACCUGGAUGGAUUGUGUAAUCUGUGGAGUGGCGUCCUUAAAGAAGAGGAUGGUGUACCACAAGAUGACGUUGGAUCCAUUCUCACGGUCAUAGGACAGACACAACAGCUUCAGCGUGAAAGAUUUCAUCAGUAUUCCACAUUGAUACUUCAAUUUGAGAAGAACACUGCCGAAAAGACAAUCACAAAAACUGACUUGGAAGGUUUUUGGGAGAUGAUUUCCCUUCAGGUUACGGAUGUUGAAAAUAAAUUUUCCCAAUUAGAUUCUCGACGUAAAGCCGGUUGGAAGAGCCAGGAAAAUAUUGAAUAUCUUUUCAGGAAAAAAGAAACCCUACAAGUAGAACUGAAAAGAAAAAAGAUGCAGGUGAAUCUGAAAUUAAGUCUUCUGGAAUUCGAUCCCAUAUAGCAUUGCUAAGAAAGAAACAAAUGGAAUCAAUAACAUCUGUGAUAGACAAUCCGGUCGCUUUCCUGGAUCAUCAGCCAUCGCCGGUGAUUGUUCUUCCUCGUCUGAACGUUGAAGCGGAUGAUUGUUCACAGUUGAAACAAAGCGAGGGAGAAGAUGACACAUUGCAACAACCUUACAGUUGCCACCAAGUCCUUUUGUCAACCAAUGUAGAAGGCUGUACUCCGAAUAACGACGAACCAGAGACUGUACAUCACAACUAUCUACUACGAGGGAAGAAAAAGCAUAAGUUAGCUACGCUUUUCGGAUUUUUUUCAUCACCUCAUCAAUCAAACAUAUCUCGGUUGCGCAGUCACACUUCUGGUUGCAAGGUAGAUGAAUCCAGCCUUCCAAGUUCUUCAGUUGUUCUACUUCCACAAAAUUCCACCCCAAAUAACGACAAAAUAGAGACUCCAAAGUGCGUCAAAGUGCUACGAACGGACAGGAAGAAGCAUAAGUCAGAAAUUAACGGUGGAUUUUUUCCAUCUCCACAUGAAACGGAUAGUCCUCGGCAACGUAGUCGCUCAACCGAAUGUGUGCUGGAUCAACCAUGGUUACCAAGUUCGUCAGAGGAGCGGUGGAAAAUGCCAACAUCCAGCCGAUUUUGCAAUAGUCCCAAACUAUUUUCUCCAACUAUUAAACAAGUUAAAACUCGCAGUGGCCGCGUAAGUCAGUCGCCAGUGAGAUUUGGGCAAGAUGAGACAAUGUCCCCGUAUCAAUUACGGUCAUCCUGUUCCCAGUAUACUAAAUUACAGAAGGAAAACAUAGAAAAGUCACCCGAAAAUGCCGACAACGUUUCAUCAAGUAAGGAAGAGAAUAACAAUGACAUUGGUAGAUUCCCAACAAUGCCAUCGGAACAAGCUUCAACUUAGUUUCGUUGUAAACACGUCUUACGUUUCGUUUAAUAAUUUUUCAUAGUUUUCUCUUGUAAAGAAUAUUUCAGUUAUAGAGCGUGUCAUAUUAUAUCUUUUCCCAACAAUAUAAAUGCUGAACACAA